ACAAUGGGCAUCGUGAAAGCCUCAGUCAAAAAAGCCAAGUUUGAUGGCCCACAAGAAAAAUUCAACACAUACGUGACCCUCAAAGUUCAGAAUGUAAAGAGCACGACAAUUGCAGUGCGAGGGAACCUUCCCUGCUGGGAACAAGAUUUUAUGUUUGAAAUUAAUCGACUAGACCUCGGGUUGACAGUGGAAGUGUGGAACAAAGGUCUUAUCUGGGACACCAUGGUGGGCACGGUUUGGAUCCCCUUAAGCACAAUCCGCCAAUCAAACGAGGAUGGCCCAGGAGAGUGGCUAACUCUUGAUUCUCACGUCAUCAUGACAGAUAAUGAGAUCUCUGGGACCAAAGACCCCACUUUCCACCGUAUCCUCUUGGACACCCGCUUUGAACUCCCACUUGAUAUUCCUGAAGAAGAGGCUCGCUAUUGGGUCAAGGAGCUGGAGCGGUUGAAUGCUAUGCGAGACCAAGAUGAUCAGGAGAAGCCGCUUCCAGUCCCUGGCUCCCAGUGCUGCAACUGGAAUUAUUUUGGCUGGGGAGAUCAACAAAAUGAUGACCCUGACAGCACCGUGGAUGACCGAGACAGUGACUAUCGCAGUGAGACCAGCAACAGCAUCCCACCCCCUUACUAUACAACCUCCCAGCCCAAUGCUUCGGUCCACCAGUACCCCAUACGCCAUCAACAGCGAGUAUCCCGAGACUCCUAUACAGAUUCUAUGCAGGGUUAUGAGAUGGACUAUUCUAACCAUCGGCCAAUCAGCCCCACUGGGAGCAGCCGCUACGCCUCCUCGGCUGAGCUGAGCCAGGGUAGUUCGCAGCUGAGUGAUGAAUUUGACCCCGAUGACGUCAGCCUGGAUGAGCGGGACGGAGACUCCUACCACUCUUGCCACAGCUCUGUGAGCUAUCACAAGGACUCCCCGCACUGGGACGAAGAAGAGGAUGACUUCUACCUGGAGGAGGAUGAGUUCAACGAAGAGUACAGUGAGAACGAAGAGUAUUACCCCGAGGACAAGGCGCCCGAUGCUGACCAUGAAUCUUACCCCAAGGAGGCUUCUCUGCAGCAGCAAGAGCCGCAGUCAAAGGCCCCACAGGUCCAGCCACCCACGCCAUUUGCUCUAUCCCAGCAGAAGUCACCCCAGCAGGCCCAACAGCAGCAGCUCCAGCAGAAGCCACCCCAACAGGCUCAAGCCCAGCCUCCGCCACAGAAACCACCGCAACAGGCCCAACAACAGGUGCCGCCAGUGCAACAGAGGCAGCAGCAGCCCUUGCAGCAAAAAAUGCCUCCUCAGGGGCAGCAGAAGCAGCCACCCCAGCAGCUGCAACAGCCCCAGCAGCCCCAGCUGCCCCCUAUGCAGCAGAAACAGCCGCAGCAGCAGCAGCAGCAGCAGCAGCAGCAGCAGAAGCAGCAGCAGCAGGUGCCCCCGAGGUUGCAACAACAGGUCCAGAAAGAGGAGAAAGUGGACGAGGUUCCAACUGUCCUGCAGGAGGAAAAACCAGCAGAAGAGACCCCGGCUGUGGAGGAGACCCCCCAGGAAGAGCCUCCCAAGACAGAAGAGAAGGGAGCCGCAGUAAAGUUUCUGCGCUGCAUUAACAGCAUGCCCGACAUUAAGGCUGGACGUAAAUCUCUUCCGCUAGUGAUCAGCGAUCUGGCUAUGUCCUUAGUCCAGUCCAGAAAAGCUGGUAUUACGUCAGCACUUGCAUCAAGCACUUUAAACAAUGAAGAGCUAAAAAACCAUGUUUACAAGAAGACCCUCCAAGCCUUAAUCUAUCCCAUCUCUUGCACAACUCCCCAUAAUUUUGAGGUGUGGACUGCCACUACUCCCACUUAUUGUUACGAGUGUGAGGGUCUGCUCUGGGGCAUUGCACGCCAAGGAAUGCGGUGUACCGAGUGUGGAGUGAAAUGCCAUGAAAAGUGCCAAGACCUGCUCAAUGCUGACUGCUUGCAAAGGGCAGCAGAGAAAAGUUCUAAACAUGGGGCAGAAGAUCGCACGCAGAAUAUUAUUAUGGUGCUGAAAGACCGUAUGAAGAUCCGGGAGCGGAAUAAACCAGAAAUCUUCGAGUUGAUCCAGGAGAUCUUUGCGGUCUCCAAGACCACCCACACCCAGCAGAUGAAGGCAGUCAAGCAGAGCGUUCUGGAUGGCACUUCAAAAUGGUCGGCCAAGAUCAGCAUCACAGUUGUUUGUGCCCAAGGCCUGCAGGCGAAGGAUAAAACGGGCUCCAGUGACCCCUAUGUAACCGUCCAGGUUGGAAAGACCAAAAAGAGAACAAAAACCAUUUAUGGAAAUUUGAACCCUGUCUGGGAGGAAAACUUCCACUUUGAGUGUCAUAACUCCUCCGAUCGAAUUAAGGUUCGGGUAUGGGAUGAAGACGAUGACAUCAAGUCUAGGGUAAAACAGCGCUUCAAGAGAGAAUCUGAUGACUUCCUGGGUCAGACAAUCAUUGAAGUGCGGACACUGAGUGGAGAAAUGGAUGUCUGGUACAAUCUGGACAAGCGAACAGAUAAGUCAGCUGUAUCCGGAGCUAUCCGUUUGCACAUUAGUGUGGAGAUCAAAGGAGAGGAGAAAGUGGCACCUUACCACGUGCAGUACACCUGCCUUCAUGAAAACCUAUUCCAUUUUGUGACGGACAUUCAAAACAACGGUGUCGUCAAAAUCCCAGAUGCAAAAGGAGACGAUGCUUGGAAAGUAUAUUUUGAUGAAACUGCCCAGGAGAUUGUGGAUGAGUUUGCUAUGAGAUAUGGAGUGGAGUCCAUCUAUCAGGCUAUGACGCACUUUGCCUGCCUUUCCUCAAAAUACAUGUGCCCAGGGGUGCCUGCUGUAAUGAGUACUUUAUUGGCCAACAUUAAUGCUUAUUAUGCUCAUACCACUGCCUCCACCAAUGUCUCUGCCUCUGACCGUUUUGCCGCUUCCAAUUUCGGGAAAGAACGGUUUGUCAAACUGCUGGACCAGCUACACAAUUCCCUGAGGAUCGAUCUCUCAAUGUAUCGGAAUAAUUUCCCUGCCAGCAGUCCUGAAAGAUUGCAGGACCUUAAAUCAACAGUGGACCUCUUGACGAGCAUCACAUUCUUUCGGAUGAAGGUCCAAGAGCUCCAGAGUCCACCACGAGCCAGUCAGGUGGUGAAGGAUUGUGUGAAGGCCUGCCUCAACUCAACUUAUGAAUACAUCUUCAACAACUGCCAUGAACUCUAUAGUCGUGAAUACCAAACUGAUCCUACCAAGAAGAGUGAAGUGCCACCAGAGGAACAGGGUCCCAGCAUCAAGAAUCUAGACUUUUGGUCCAAACUUAUAACCUUGAUAGUAUCAAUCAUUGAGGAAGAUAAGAACUCAUACACACCCUGCCUCAACCAAUUCCCUCAAGAGCUAAAUGUUGGAAAGAUCAGUGCAGAAGUUAUGUGGAAUCUUUUCGCUCAGGACAUGAAGUAUGCAAUGGAAGAGCAUGACAAACAUCGGCUAUGCAAGAGUGCUGACUAUAUGAACCUGCACUUUAAGGUGAAAUGGUUGUACAAUGAAUAUGUCACAGAUCUUCCUUCCUUCACAAGCCGGGUUCCUGAAUACCCUGCAUGGUUUGAACCUUUUGUUAUCCAGUGGCUGGAUGAGAAUGAGGAAGUGUCACGAGAUUUCUUGCAUGGAGCAUUAGAACGGGACAAGAAAGAUGGGUUUCAACAAACCUCAGAACAUGCCCUUUUCUCCUGCUCUGUGGUUGAUGUCUUCUCCCAGCUCAACCAAAGCUUUGAGAUUAUCAAGAAGUUGGAGUGCCCUGAUCCACAGAUUGUAGGCCAUUACAUGCGCAGGUUUGCCAAGACCAUUAGCAAUGUUCUGCUGCAGUAUGCGGAGAUCAUCUCUAAAGGUUUUGCUUCCUACUGCUCCAAGGAGAAGGAAAAAGUGCCCUGUAUCCUGAUGAACAACAUACAGCAGUUGCGUGUCCAGCUAGAGAAGAUGUUUGAAGCUAUGGGGGGGAAAGAGUUGGACACAGAAGCCAGUGAUAUCCUCAAGGAACUUCAGGUGAAGCUCAACAAUGUCUUGGAUGAACUAAGCCGAAUAUUUGCAACCAGUUUUCAGCCCCAUAUAGAGGACUGUGUGAAGCAGAUGGGAGACAUCCUGAGCCAAGUGAAAGGCACUGGGAAUGUGCCUGCCAGUGCUUGCAGCAGCGUGGCUCAAGAUGCUGACAAUGUCUUGCAGCCUAUUAUGGACCUCCUGGAUAGCAACUUGACCCUCUUUGCCAAAAUUUGCGAGAAGACUGUCCUGAAACGAGUGCUGAAGGAACUCUGGAAGCUUGUCAUGAAUACAAUGGAGAAGACAAUUGUACUUCCUCCACUAACUGACCAGACGGGAACCCUCUUAAGAAAGCAUGGCAAGGGGACUGAGAAGACUAGGGUGAAGCUCCCCAGUCACACUGAAGGUACACAGAUGAUCUUCAAUGCAGCCAAGGAAUUAGGGCAGCUUUCAAAACUGAAGACGACCCUGUGGGAGAAGUCUCUGUCCAUGUUGAGCUUUUUACCCAUCCUGGGACCAGCGAACACAAACACCCUCGGCGCUGAAACAGGCCCAGAAUGCUAUGAGCUGCAAGUUUGCGUCAAAGACUACUGCUUUGCACGGGAAGACCGGACAGUGGGCAUCGCCAUCCUGCAGCUGAAGGACAUCGUGCAGCGGGGCAGCUGUGCUUGCUGGCUGCCGCUGGGCCGGCGCAUUCACAUGGAUGACACGGGCCUAACGGUGCUGCGCAUCCUCUCGCAGAGAAACAACGAUGAGGUGGCCAAGGACACCCUCGGCGCUGAAACAGGCCCAGAAUGCUAUGAGCUGCAAGUUUGCGUCAAAGACUACUGCUUUGCACGGGAAGACCGGACAGUGGGCAUCGCCAUCCUGCAGCUGAAGGACAUCGUGCAGCGGGGCAGCUGUGCUUGCUGGCUGCCGCUGGGCCGGCGCAUUCACAUGGAUGACACGGGCCUAACGGUGCUGCGCAUCCUCUCGCAGAGAAACAACGAUGAGGUGGCCAAGGAGUUUGUCAAAUUGAAGUCGGAUACGCGCUCAGCCGAGGAGGGCAGCAGCAGCUAAGACCAAUCUGCCUCCCCCUGACUUCCCUCUCCCCCUUGUUCCCUUCCACAGUCUGCUAGAAUUGCCUUCCCUUCUCUUCUCUUCCUGGUCCCUUCCCUCUUUUAUACAGCCAUGUCAAAGCCAUAGAGUUUUCAGAGCUGUCCUUUCUGCCCCUCACCCUGGCCCUUCCUGCUCCUCACUCUUUUAUUUGGGAGGUUUGCUCCCGCUGCCAAGGAUCACACAUCACGCAUACCUUCUCAAAUACAUGUGCAUUGCCAAAUUCCCCCAUGAAGCAGAGAGAGGUGAGAGAGCAAAGAGUUUGUUCCUGGAAAGGAUCCUAACAAAAAAUCCAAGAUGCUGCUUGACUGCAUUUCGUCAUAAACUGACACCAUCCCCUUUUUCCCGGCACAUUUUUGCCUAAGAAGCAUCAGAAGCUGCCUUCCAUUUAAUCAGGGUAUUUGUCAACCAACCCAGUAUUUCCAGCAUGGAUUGGCAGCUGCUGUCUAAGGCAGAUGUUUUUCAACCUUAGUAACAAUAAAAUGACUAGACUUCAACUCCCAGAGUUCCUCAGCCAGCAUGCUUGGCUGGGGAAUUCUGGGAGUUGAAGUUGCCAAAGUUGCUAAGGUUGAGAAACAUUGCUCUAAGGUCUCAGUCAUAGAAGAGCAUUUCCCACUAUAUGCUGCCUAAUUUUUGAACUGAAAAUGCUGGGGAUUGAACUAACAGCCAACUGUAAAUAAAAUCGAAAUCCCUGUGCCAAGUGGAAAUAAGGAGAAGUUACAAAUACUGGGAAAGGUAGCUUUCUUUGUCUUCACCCUGUUUCAACAGGGCUAAAGAAAUACCGUCAGAAUCUUCCCUGCAAUUCUAGCAUCAAGUUGCAUCAAGAUUAGCAGUGCCCCAAAGGCUGAUCUGAAGUUCACCCUAACUAUUCACAAUUAUCAGCUCACGGAGGCAAGGCUAGAGAAUGGCAGCUAGGCAUUUCACCAUCUUAGGAUCAGCCUGAAACUCUUUUAUUGCUGUGGCCUUCAAGGAAGCCCAGCAAUCAGAUAUUGUUAGGAAUGUAGUCCAUCAUCUGAAGGGCUAUGGCUUCCUUUUUUUCUGUUCUAUUAUUUUAGGACAUUUUUUUUGUUUUAUUUUCCUUUAAGAAGUUCCUUUCCAUUAAGAAGUUCUAGAUUUAAUUCCAGAAGUGAAGCAUGCACUUUGCUACUGUCUUACAGUUCCAUUGCGUCGUUUUUUCCUGUCUCGCGCACAAAUACAAACACUUGAGUUACUAUUUGUAUAUGCAAUGUAUAUGCAUUGAAACUCUACCCCACCUUCAUAUCUUGACUGCAUCACAAAUACCGGGUGAGGUUUUAUCGGUGUUCAUGAACACCGUCUCUGAGCAUUGGUAAAACAUCUCACUGCACUCUUGCUACCGUCAUGAUUAUUUCAUGAUUGACUUCUUUUUGUCGUGUUUAUUUACACACAAACAUACAAAAGUAAUGCAUGGGAGAACAGUGGACAGUUAAAAAACUGAAAAUUGUGAUAAGAAUGUUAAGAAUCUUAGAAGUGCAAAAAUGGACAGUUGUAAAUGCCCAAGUUUAUUUCCAUGUGGAAAUAAAACCAGGUAUUUCAAAAUGCUAGGUUACGUGGAAAAAUUCAGCCAAGGGGAUAACCUUUCUGCAGACUUGGUAACAACAGCUUGGAGCAUGUGUGCUGACUCAAGCCAUCUUAUUUUACUCAAGGAAAGGAGCAUUGAUCAAUGGGAUCUGGCUUCUUUUCCAGUGUGUAAUAAUUACUGGCUCUAUUCACAUAACACACCUAAUCUAAGCUGGUUUAUUCUUGUGAAUGUGGAGGGAAUGAGGGAGAGGUACGUGAAUGCGGAGUGUCCGUGCAGUAUUUGUUUCACUACCAGUAAGAAGAUAAUACUCAAAUAGGGGCUUCUAGGUGUGGGAUUACACUAUGUAAUUUUGGAAAGAAUUCCAGGUUCGAGAGGUUCCAGGAGAGGGACAAAGGCAGAACAUUAAAGGGAGGAGAUAUUUGGGGGGGAAAGCAUGAGGUCCAAAGGAAACAACAUUCUGUAAGAGAGCAGUUUAUGGAAUUGCUGAGGAUGGCCCAACUUUGGAAAAGUUAACUGAUCAUCAUGACUGUCCUAAAUGUCCUGAUUGACAUUGAUUGAUGUCACAUCUGCAGAGAGCUCCCUUUCUGAAAGCUGCAUCAAUUCUAACAGCUUGGCCAAUUCUGUCUAUAUGCUUCCUUGACCCUACAGAUAUAUGGAUUGAAUUGAUCACCCAGCCCAUCAGUUGGUGUCAUUUGCCAGUUCCUUGCUUAACUGCCCUCCCCCCAUCCCAGUUUGCUCCUCUGCCACUGAACUACAGCUUAUUAUUCUCUUUCCUUGUUUGCUACCUGAUAUGGGAUCAACUCUCACUGGUUGGGCAGCUCUAAACCAGUUAGAUCAACCUGAUAUCUAUCUUGGCUUCCUAGAAAGGUGCCUUACAUCAGGCAGAUUUUUUUUUCAUUCUGCCCUUAAUUAUUUGCACCUGAUUGGCAGCUCACCCCUCCACCCCACCCCCCUCCAUGAGAUCCUGUUAAAAGCAGGCAUCAAGAAUGGCAACUGGGAUCUUCUGUAUGUAAUUCAGGUAUUCCACCUAUGAUCUUUGGUCUCCCUGACAUCUGGAAAUUGAAAGAUUUCCAAGGCAUCUUUGGACAUGUAAUGGGAUGUCAUUGCUACAUUCAAGUAGGCCCUGAAAUAAAGACAGUGAUGUCCAUGGAAAGAUACAUCCCCUGGAAACCGCAUAGUCACCCCUUCCAAACAAUGCACAAACCUACUUCCAAGCUUAACUCCUCCCUCUAUUAAUCAGAACUCUCUUUUUUCUCCCCAUUUGUCCCUCCUCUUUUUGAAAAAUGUUUAAUUUUUUAUGAAUUGCUUGGGACCAAAGUAUCAGGAUUUUGAGUUGAAUGUUUACACACAGACAUAUGCACAAUCCACCAGACUUAUAUAAAUUGCAUUUGAAAAAAUUAAAAGGGGUGGGGGGGAAGCUUAGGCAACAGUUGUAUCCAGGCAGACAGCUAUUGCGGCUAGCAAAUCAACACAUGUGGCAAGGUGAUUUCAUCUCUUCCCUCCUUAACAGAGUUUUUUCUGGGGCAAGAUGGCACCAACAGCAAGAAAAUGUGUAGGUUACAAAUGAAGGUUGUCUGGAUCUUCUGCAAAAUUCUGUGAACAAGGCAGGACAAUCGCACAAUAAAAGCCUUGUCUUGAAAUCCUCUUAAGACUGCAGGGGAGGUAAAGCAAAAAUUUCCAUUUCUGUCUCCAGCACACUUUGGCACAAACAAAUCUGACACUGUCCCUAUCCUGCACAGUGAGAUGACAAGAAGCCAAGGGUAGGCAUCUCCUUCCAUCUUCCCCCCAAACUGGUUCCUCCUUCAAUUGUUUCUCUUUGGCAUGUAGUUGAAACUAACAACAAAAUGGAUCAGAAUAAAUUUUAAAACCCCAAACAAUAAAAUGAAGUUAAUUCUAUUUGUGUAGCACACAUGUUGGAAUAUGUUUUCAUGUUGUCUGUUCUGUACAUACAUACCUGAAGUGGAUUGAGCAAUGGUUUUACCAACAAUGGAUGCAUGAU